UGUCUGUGAAAGUGAGGGAGAAGGGGCGACUGCUAUCACCGCAACUCCUCUCAGAGACCCAGAAAACUGACGGAGGAAGCAGAGGCUCAUCCCACCCCAUAAUAUAUCAUUCUACUUGUUUGAAAGACUAGAGCAAGGUGGUUGCAAUCUGAAGCAGACAUGUAUUUCUCAUUUUACUUUUCUCUGUUAGUCUGCGUUCUGCUGCCGUUGUCCGAAGCUGGGAGGCAGAUGCCCAAACUGUCUGAUAAGAAACUGUGUGCUGAUUCUGACUGCAGCAACCCUAUCUUGAUCGCCCGGGCUCUGCAGGACUACUACCCAGGGGACUGCAGGUUCAUUCCCAUCCGCCAGGGGCAGCUCAUCUACGUCUACGCCAUGUUGAAGGGCCGGGGGAACCUCUACUGGGCUGGCAGUGUCCAGGACUCCUACUACGGUCAACAGGAAGCUCGGAUCGGUCACUUCCCAAGUAGUGUAGUGGAAGAGACACACCCUCUCAUGCCAGCCACCACAGAAGUGCAGACUACCAAAUGGGAUUUCUACUGCUACUAAACACAACUGGGACUACACAUAGACAUCUUCAAACAGACACACACACACACACACACACACACACACACACACACACACACACACACAUACACACACACACACACACACACACACACACACACACACACACACACACACACACACACACACAAACACACACACACACAAACAGUAUGAAAGUUUGUAGAUCUUCAAAAUAUUGAUUGAUAAUACUGACAGAUCUAAUAUAUCUCUUUGUUUUUUGUGGUUUAAUUCACAGAGCUAAUCUUGCACUGGACCAUUCUUGUAUUAACCAAUAGUUAUAUCAAGAUAUCUAUUUUGCAUGUUUCAUUCAAGCUGCCUAGAUAAAGAGAGUUAUUUUAACUUAAAUCCAUAUUUUGCCACAUUUCUAUUUUUUUUUUUCAAAUGUUUAGCUUUCAGUGACAAAGGAAGAAUGGCAGACAAAACUGUUAUGACUUCACUGACAUGAAAUUCUCACUAAAAAUGAAGUAAAAUUUCAAUUUGUGUUUCUGUUUUUGGCUUGCUCUUCAUAAGACAGAUUGGUUGACAGACUGUCUUGGACAGUCUUGGAUUCCCCUAGAUCCCUUACACAGGUUCAGGUCCUUAAAGGUGUAGUGUCUGUGAUUUAGUGGCACCUAGAGGAGCUCCUCUCUGUUUGUGUAGCUAAAAAGAACUGAUUCUAAGAUUCCGAAAAGCAAGAUUAAUAAUUUCAAUUAAUGCAUAUUUUUGAAUGUUAUAUUCCAUUUCUCUAUGCCACUAAAUUCUACACACUGCACCUUUAAAGUAAAGAGAUAUUUACCUAAACCUUCCAAAAAUACCAAACCCCUGAACUAGUAUACAUCUUUUAUGACUUUAAAGUACGCACACACAAACAUGUACUGCAAAUAAAAGGAGGAACGCACA